AUGGAGACAGUCGCCAGGAGCAAGCAGAGGAGAAGUCUGGAAGACGAGGAAGAGGAAGAACUCACCGACCGCAUCAGCCGCCUCCCCGACGCCGUCCUCGGCGACAUCGUCACGCUCCUCCCCACCAGGGACGGCGCCCGCACGCAGGAGCUCUCCUCCCGGUGGCGUCACAUCUGGCGCUCCGCCCCUCUCAACCUCGACCUCGUCCGGCUCACCUCCUUCAAGUACAGCAGGUGCGUGCGCGUCUCCGCCAGCGAGAUCACGUGGAUGCUCUCCGCGCAUCGGGGCCCUGGCCGCCGCUUCUGCACCGAAUUGCAGCAUCUCGAGCUACAUGACCGCUGCCCCGCCGCGGUCCUCGACGGCUGGCUCCGUUCCCCCGCCCUCGACAACCUCGAGGAGCUCGAGUUCCACUACGGAUUCAGUUCCCUGCCACCGCGGCCGCAGCUCCCGGCAUCGGUGCAACGCUUCUCUUCGACUCUUCGCGUUGCCAAGUUCGCCGGCUGCAGCUUCCCGGUGGGAAACGCCGGCGCUCUGCACUUGCCGGUUCUCAAGCAGCUGAGCCUUAUGGACGCCACGAUCUCGGAGAGCUCUCUGCAGGCCUUGCUCGGCGGCUGCCCUGCCCUGCAGAGCUUGCUGCUGUCUGACAACAGCGGCUACUCUCGAGAGCUCGUCGACGACUUUAUCAGCGGCCUCCCCGACGCCAUCCUCGGCGACAUCGUCACGCUCCUCCCCACCAGGGACGGCACCCGCACGCAGGUGCUCUCCUCUCGCUGGCACCACGUCUGGCGCUCUGCUCCUCUCAACUUAGACUCCAACGCCGACAGCCCCCGCACCAUCCGUGGCAACAUCCGCGACAGCGAGAUCUCGCGCGCCCUCUCCGCGCAUCAGGGCCCCGGCCGCCGCUUCCUCCACGAAUUCCCGUACAUCGAUACGUGA